GGCUCCCAGCUGGGGAUGAUGCGCUGUUGCUGCUGCCGCUGUUGCCGGCAACCACCCGGUACACUGGGGCUGCUGCUGCUGCUGCUGCUGCCACUCGCCCUUGUAUCUCCCCUGGCAGCAGCUACAGAGGGCCCAGGUCACUGUGACAACAUAUACCAGGGCUUUGCUGAAUGUCUCAUCCGUUUGGGAGACAGUAUGGGCCAUGGAGGUGAGCUGGAGACUGUCUGCAGGUCUUGGAAUGAUUUCCACACCUGUGCCUCACGAGUCCUGUCAGGCUGCCCGGAGGAGGCAGCUGCUGUGUGGGAGUCACUACAGCAAGAAGCUCGCCGGGCCCCACACCCUGAUAACUUGCACACUCUGUGUGGUGCCUCAGUGCGUGUUCGGGAGCAUGGCGCAGGUCCUGAGACCAACCAGGAGACCCUGCGGGGAGCAGCACCUACAGCCACCCCAGUUCCUACACCCUCUUUGCUGGCAGCCGCUUUGGCACUUGCCUGUCUCCUGGGGCCUCUGGCCUAACAAUUUCUGCUCUGACUCUGGCAGCUGCCAUCGGGGCUCUGCAGAGUAUUCUCAGCUUUCAUUAAAGGUAUUUAUAUUUGUA